AUGGCAAUCUGCGGGGAGUACAUUCGCAGUCAGUUCCCCACCAUAGACGACGACCUGUAUCAAUACGUGGAAGGUAUGUUUUCGAGAACUAACCUAAAAGUUGCUGAGACAUUUGUUAUUUCAUCUGCAAAUGGCAAGCGUAUUUCCAUAUAAUGUAAAUAUUCGUGUCCAUGAAGGUAUCCUGGACAGCUCGAAGGAUGAUUUCGAGGACGGUGAUGAGGUUUACGAAGCGAUUGGACAGGUGCUACACGAGGUCGCGGAGAAACCAGAGAAUGAGGUUAGGCAAAUAUGCGUGAAACUACUGGAGAUGUUAAAGGGCAAUUCAAACGAUGGAAAUGUCGAAAGAAGAAAAAAUGGUGUAAACAAGGUACUGAAUGCCCCUGUACACUUGGGUACUAUGGCGGCCACCUUGGAGGCUCAGGUUGAGCAAAUAAAAAGCAUAUGGGUUACCACUAGGGACGAUGCUAUGAAAGUAGAUGCCAAAAAGUUGGAGAAGGCAGAGGCGAAGUUGCAACAGAAGCAAGAAAAGAGAAGUAAUAAUGAAUUAAGCGGACGAAUUAAUGCCAUCACCCAAGGUAUAGAAUCUGCCAGUGCGAGUCAAAUGACGAGUAAAAAGGACAGUAGAAUGGAAACGAAAGGCGGUGUAAAUAAAGCUCAGGACAUUAGGAUAGAAAACUUUGAUAUAGCAUAUGGAGAUAGAAUACUAUUGCAAGGAGCUGAUUUGACACUUGCAUUCGGUAGACGUUAUGGCCUUAUCGGUAGAAAUGGACUUGGUAAAACUACAUUAUUAAGGAUGAUAUCUAGCAAACAAUUAAGAAUACCAUCCCAUAUAAGAGUCUUACAUGUAGAACAAGAAGUUGCUGGAGAUGAUACCUCUGCCCUAGAAUCUGUAUUGGAGUGCGAUCAAGAGAGGAGUAUAUUGCUUAGUAAGGAAGCUGAAUUGCAAGCUGCAAUCGAGAAGGACGGUGGUAAAACAGGGGAUGCAUUAGGCGAAGAAUUAGCUAGAGUAUAUGAGGCAAUGCAGUUAGCUGAAGUAGAUAAAGCGCCUGCCAGAGCCAGUGCAAUUUUAUCAGGACUCGGAUUUUCCGUCGAAAGACAAUCGUGGCCAACGAAAGCAUUUUCUGGUGGUUGGAGAAUGAGAUUGGCACUCGCUAGGGCGCUAUUCUCUAGACCUGACCUUUUAUUGCUUGAUGAACCUACAAACAUGCUUGAUAUCAAAGCCAUACUUUGGUUGGAGAAAUAUUUACAAUCUUGGCCAACUACGUUACUCGUGGUUUCUCACGAUAGGAAUUUCUUAGACACGGUUCCUACCGACAUACUAUAUUUGCGUGGACAGAAAAUCGAAGCGUAUCGCGGCAAUUAUGAACAGUUUGCAAAAACUAAGGGAGAACGAGAAAGAAACCAACAAAGAGAAUACGAAGCUCAGCAAGCUAAAAGAGCACACGUACAAGAAUUCAUUGAUCGAUUCCGGUACAAUGCCAAUCGUGCUUCUAGUGUACAGAGUAAAAUUAAGAUGCUAGAGAAAUUACCAGAGCUUAAACCAAUGGAGAAGGAAGGGGAAGUAACUCUUCGUUUUCCAGAUGUUGAACCAUUAAGUCCUCCAAUAUUGCAACUUAAUGAAGUCUCCUUUAGUUAUACUGGAGGAUCUGAUAAUUCGUGUAUAUUUAGUUUCGUGAACCUGACUGCUAGCUUACAAUCUCGUAUAUGUAUUGUGGGAGAAAACGGUGCCGGCAAAACUACACUUUUGAAGAUCAUAACAGGUGCACUAAGUCCAACACGAGGCACAGUCCAUGUCCAUAGAAAUUUGAAAUUUGGAUAUUUUAGUCAGCAUCACGUGGACCAACUUGACAUGCGUGUAUGUCCGGUUGAAUUAUUGCAAAAUCAUUUUCCAGGUAAACCAGUCGAAGAAUAUAGAAGAAUGCUUGGAAGUUUUGGAAUAAGCGGUAACUUAGCUCUGCAGACUAUCAGCUCUUUGUCGGGGGGACAGAAAUCUAGAGUGGCAUUUGCAUUAAUGUGCGCAGCAAUGCCAAACUUUUUGGUACUCGACGAACCUACGAAUCAUCUAGACAUCGAAUCCAUUGAAGCUUUAGGCAAAGCAUUGAAUACCUGUCAAGCAGGUGUUAUAUUAGUUUCACACGACGAAAGAUUAAUUCGCAUGGUAUGCACUGAACUCUGGGUAUGCGCAGAAGGAUCUGUUCGUUGCAUUGAGGGAGGUUUUGACGAAUAUCGUAGGAUUAUUGAAAAGGAACUCGAAGUAUAA